AGCUCUUGCGGUCAGUGAGAGGCGGACCUGCGAACUUCUGUCGACUCACCCGCUGCUCUUCCCCCGUCGCCCGGCGUCUCGCCGCAGCCUCUGGAGGAGACGGACUCCCCACUCCCUGUGUCAGAAAAAUGUCUGAUCCAGCUCAGCCGCCAGCCCAGGGGGAAGAAGGGGCUGCCCCAGGUGGGGGGCCCCCCGGCCCUCCCCCCAACAUGACCAGCAACAGACGACUCCAGCAAACCCAGGCACAAGUGGAGGAGGUGGUGGACAUCAUGCGUGUGAACGUGGACAAGGUCCUGGAGAGGGACCAGAAGCUGUCAGAGCUCGACGACCGCGCUGACGCCUUACAGGCGGGAGCGUCACAGUUCGAGAGCAGCGCUGCCAAGCUAAAGAGGAAGUACUGGUGGAAAAACUGCAAGAUGAUGAUCAUGCUGGGAGCCAUCUGUGCCAUCAUUGUGGUAGUUAUUGUAAUCUACUUUUUUACUUGAGAAUGUACCAUCCCUUCCCUGUUCUCCAUCGCCAGCCAGACUCAUGCCCCGCUCCCUCUGUUUGCUCUCUCAACACACGUCCCCAUCUGCCUCCUGGCAUCCCAGCGCAGGCUUCUCUGCCACCCAUCCCUCCUGUGUUUGUUGCUUUCUGUUGGCACUUUGUCGUAACCCCACCCCCCACCUCUUAGAAAUGCUGCUCGUGCAGAGUCUUGGGGUAACCUCUCUGAGAGAGAGAGAGAGAGAGAGAGAGAGCACACAAGCAAUAGACGGUGCUUCCUUCCUGAUCCCUUCCUCACGUCCCCUCCAGUUCUCCCCAAGCCCCCAAAGAGGUGGAGGCCACCGCAAGGGAGGGAGUAAAAGGGGCAGCUGAGGCGAGGUUGCCAAGGAGGCUGCCAAGACGGGGCAAGAGCAGGGGAUGUGUCUUCAGGAGAGGCCGGCCUGCAGGCGGGAGGAAGCCUGGCACGCUUGGGGAAAUGGUGGCUCCCUCGUUGCUGCCCUGGCUACCUCACCUGCAACUCUCCCCCUGUGCUAGCUCCGGGAGAGGACCCCACGAGGGGGUCCCCUGUCCAGCUUGGCCCUUUUAGAAUGUCAAACCUAGGCUGCUGCUGUUGCUUUUUACAUUAGUUACUUCUAACCUUUUAGCCCAAAGUUCUCUAGGUCUUCAGGGAUCCUACAAUCUCUUACUUAGUUUCUGUAGGCCUGGAGUCCCAACACUGAGAAGAUACAGGCCCCUCAUUCUCAGCCUAGAAGCAGUCCCCAUCCCCACCCCCGAAAGGGCCGUCCCAGCACAUUUUGGGAUGAAGGGCUGGGCGUAAUUUCAGAGAGCCAAGGUUUUGGACUCUCGGUCCAUUUUCAUUGCUGUCAUAAAAGACAACGGUCUGUUGGCUAUAGAGAAAUGGAGUCUGGGGCCUUGUUUUAAAAUGAACUUGGGGUAGGGUGGGAGCCAAGGAACUUAGAGGAAGCUACCUCUUGCCCUUCCACUGUGGAUGAAGGAACGGGAGGGGGUGAGAAGUGAGGGGCUUGCCAAAGGCAGGAAGGAAGAAGGUAAGAGGUCCUCCCUGGGCCUGGCCCAGCCCCAGUAGUUAGGGAAGUUUGAUGUGCCUGAGAACACAACCCUUAGACAGGAGGCCCGACAGUACUUGGAUAUUGCUGUGUCGUCCGGGGCCCUCUCCACUAGCCACCUCUGUCCCUCCUGCUGUACCGUCCCCAUCUACACCUCCCUCCGUUACCCAUCUGCACUCGACUCUGCCUGCUCUCUUGCUCUCCUCUGUUUGGUGUUGGGGUACAGAGAGAGGCAGCUGAGGUUGGGAGCCACUCGCCUGUCUCGAGAGUGGGGUGAGGGGUGGGGGGCUCCUGCUGCCUGGAGGAUAGAGUGUUGCCAGGGAUAGACCAAAGACCUUGCUGAAAGGGUGAGGAGGGAGGGGAGCAGGGCAGGCUGGGAAGAACAGAGGAGGAACACACCCGAAGCCCUUUAUUCCUUCCGCCCUCUGGCUCGGACUGGGGUGGGGUGGGGGCAGGGGUGGCCUGGCCUGGAUACUCGCCUCCCACACAGCAGCAUUUCAUCGAGCAAAACCAUCCUCCCUCUCCCGCUGCCUCCCCCCAACCCCCGCUCCCUACCUUCCUGCCCUGGGCAGGACUGAAGAGCUGAAGAAAGCAGUCAGUGUACCCUCCCAGCGUCCCCCCUCGAAGGUCUUCACUCUCCCCUGGGAUGCUCCUUGUCUAAUCCAUGGGGUCACCGCCGGAGCAGCAGCACCACUGUCCUCGAUGUGUCCCGAGCCUCGAGCAGAUCAUGGGCUCCCCCAGCCCCAGCCCUGUGGUGGGGCUCUUUAUCUCCCCGGUUCUGCCCCUCUGAGGCGCACCAGAAGUAGCCGGCUUUGUUCUUUGGGGUGGGGGGGCGGUAGCCCUUCUACUUUCUCAUCCCGCCCUGAGCCUUCCUCUGUCUUUGUCCCCCCCACCUCUGCCCCCACCCCGAGCCACAUGCAUGAGCCGUUAUGCAGCUAAGCCCUGGGACUCUGCAGGUAGGUGGAGCCCGGCUUCCCACAGCCCCAUCUGUCGUCUUCGGUUUGGCCAUGAGCCAAUGUGGGUUUCCCACUGUGUGUCUGCCGUCACCUCUCUGUCUCUCUUCCUGACCCCGACCUCAUACUGGUAUAGAGUAAUAACAGUUGUACUUCCACCAAAGGCAUGUGGCAUAUUUACUGAUGUCAUGUAUUCUGAACAGAGGCCAAAAAAAAAAAAACCAAUACAAAUUCCUUCCACUAAA